GGUAGAUAAGGACUCGUUGGACCGUGGAGCCCGAAACGCAUCAAUCAGACAUCUUGUCUUUAAACAACACUUUAACACUUCUCGCCAUUUGAUCUGUUUUCUUUGCCUUCGUAAAGUAUCUCAUAUCAGAGUAUAUUUACCACUUACGAUCUUGGCUGAGAUUUCAUAGGCAAUAGACCGCGUGGGUUUUAUCCCUCUUCACUUCAUCGCCGGCGUGAUCUUCGCGGCUUCAGGGCGAUAAACGCACCCGCUCCAGGCGCCUUCCAGGCACACACUACCCACUCGAGUCGCCGACUAGUGUAUCGUCUCACCCGUGUGGAGCCCCGCGUGAAAAGAAAGAGACGGGUCGGCUCGGAAGGUCGCGGUCGCAGACGACAUAUAUAUUCAGCCCGUAAUAGUCUCGAAAGAAAACUUCGACAGUUGAUCUCAAUUGCGCCAUAUCGCUUUGAUUUCGACCAACGCGACCUCCAUUUAGUUACGCUGGUUUGGGCAAAAUUCCCAUCUGUUUCAUCCAAUACCAUGUCGGCACCGUCCUCCGUUAACGAAUCCACGAACGGGUCUGUCAACGGGCCAACGAUCCGCCCCAGACGUUCGGCACUCAAAUAUGAAGGCGACAGUGACAGAGUACACUCUUCGGGCGCAUCUUCCAAAGCCUGGAUGUGAGCAUUGUUCGUCUCAUGUAUCACGAUAUCGAUCAGAUGAAUAGGCGGAUGUGGGCAUUCCAGCCCAUGUCGUGUUACCAAGGGAAGCAAGGGGCUGUGCAGAUUGCGGAACCUGAGACUCCUUCUGUGGAAGAGCACCACGUUAAGAAACAGUUCUCUGCGGGCGUAGCCAAAAGACUUGGUGGCCGACCUGCACCCACCUCAAACCCAUCGAGAACCUCACUCGCUUCAGGUACCAGCCAAGCGGACAUCGACAACUCCGGCAGUCCGACUUUACUGACUGCAUCACCUGCCCCAAUGGAUGAGUCUCCGGCACACGGUCCACAUGGUCGUCACCGUAACAAGAUAGACCGGAUCAGUGAGCGACUGGUCGCCCAAGUGGCGGAAUGGAUUCAGCAUGAAAAGACCAAGAGGGAAACUAGAAAGACAGGGAAGCUUCUUCGACGGCGCAAGACACCACCCAUCCAUGUGAACGGAGAGCCUACCGUCUCCUCGCCUACCCGCCUUCGUUCGGAUUCAGUCAGUUCAGACUCGAGCGAGGUUUCUUUGGACAGACUGCAAAAGAUACUCAAUGACGGCAUGUCUGCUCUCGGCCUAGACCAGGUCCCGCAGCUAGGCCCCCGUCUCGGACGCAGACGAUCUAGGAGGAGUCUCAAGGCGCCUCCUGCCCGCACAGCCUCUUCCGACACGGAAUUUUUUGAUGGCGAUGUCGUUGUUCCUAGCUGUGACGUGUUCCUCGACAACUCGAAGACCAUGAGUUACUCGGGCGGCAAGGCGACCACCGAUGAUACGCCUUCACAAGCCAGCCGUAGGGAAGAGAAGGAGAAGCAGGCUUGGCUGACGUUCAAAAACGAGAUCAUUAGGCUGGCACACACUCUUAGGUUAAAGGGGUGGAGGCGCAUUCCGCUCAACGGUGGUGAGACGAUCUCUGUUGAGCGACUCAGCGGAGCGCUGACGAACGCUGUGUAUGUGGUGUCACCGCCCCCUGAAUCUAUUUUGCCUCCGCAGGAGGGUAAGAGACAGCCGGAAAAGGUCUUGCUCAGAGUCUACGGCCCGCAAGUUGAGCAUUUGAUCGACCGAGAAAUCGAAUUGGGCGUUCUCAAGCGCCUGGCGAGAAAGAAGAUUGGCCCUCGGUUGCUCGGUACUUUUUUGAACGGCCGCUUCGAGCAGUAUUUCAACUCCACCACGUUGACGCCAGAGAAUCUUCGUGAGCCUGAGACAUCCAAACAAAUCGCCAAACGCAUGAGAGAACUCCAUGACGGCGUUGAGCUUCUUGAGCAUGAAAAGGAUGAAGGUCCUGGUGUCUGGAGAAACUGGGAUAGGUGGCUCGACCAGGCUGAGAAGACGGCCAUGUACCUCGACAGCCAGGUUGCAGCCCAGCUUCAAGAAUCCACUCGCCACAAGGAGACUUGGAAGACUAGGGGUUUCGUCUGCGGUGUCGAGUGGCCCGUGUUCAGAAAGAUGGUUCAGAAGUACCGCAAGUUCCUUGAGGACUAUUAUGGCAGCCCUACCAAAAUAAGGGAAAAGUUGGUCUUUGCCCAUAAUGAUACUCAAUACGGUAACAUUUUGCGCAUUCGGCCCGACGAUAAGAAGUCGCCUUUGCUGCAGCCCGCCAACGAACACAAGCAGUUGAUCGUCAUCGAUUUUGAGUAUGCCGGAGCGAACUUGGCCGGCCUGGAGUUUGCCAAUCACUUCUCCGAAUGGACCUACAACUAUCACGACCCUGUUACGCCACAUGUUUGCGACGCUGCCAAGUAUCCAACCCUCGAACAGCAGCGGCGGUUCAUCAAGGCCUACGUGGACCACCAGCCGAAGUUCCCUUCGGUACCUGGUGUAUCAACACCAUCGGUGACACCGUCAAGCGCGGAGACGCCUAGGCCCGGCAUGCUUCAGAGCACCAACUCGGCAAGCUCCAUUGUGGAAUUCAUGUUGGACGCCCGCGUGCCGCCAGGUGGGUGGAAAGAAGAGGACGCCCGUCGUGAAGCCGAGUCGGAGAAGAGGAUUAAGGAACUCUUGGAAGAAACCCGGCUCUGGCGGGUUGCCAACAGCGCUCAAUGGGUGGUAUGGGGCAUCAUCCAGGCGAAGAUUCCCGGACUGAAUGACGGGGCGAAAGACGUGGUAACGGCGCCCGCAGGCAGCGUGCCUGACGAGGAGCUUGAGGCGGAAGAGGAGGCUGAUGCGUUCGACUACCUGGGCUACUCGCAGGAGAGGGCCUUUUUCUUUUGGGCGGACUGUGUACGCCUUGGGCUUAUCACAGAAAAGGAGUUGCCGGAGAACGUUCGUUGCAGGCUUAAGUUUGUUGAGCAGUGAUGAGGCCUCUGAGGCUCUCGAGAUGAAACAGAAAAUACGACCUGAUUUUGGUAACUAUCAAGGAGGAAUAUAAUCAGGCGAAGAGGAACAGGUUGCUUAAGGUCAGCUCAUAACGUCAGUAGUUAAGCCCGGAGCCGAGUGGCCCGACUUAUAUACUGUUGGGCUUUUUACAUAUUUACAUAUACAGUCGCACGUUACAGCUCGACGGCUUCGUGCGAUGCGAGGGCGUUGACGUGACCUGCAUGGCCAGCCAGGGCCUGCAUAGCGUAGCAGUUGGUAGUUCCCUCGAUAUGGGAAAGCGGUGUAUCUACAAGCAUGCGUGAUUUACAGAUUUGUAUGCAUAGUUAGAGCCCUAUGCUCACACCGUGAGUGUCAAGAUUUACUGUCGAAGUCUACUUC